AUGUCCAUAGUUGAACUACAUUCAAAGUUUCUAUUAAACUUGUCUGAUAUUCAAGCAAGAAAGAUUGAUUUUGAUUAUGGUGUCCUACUCGGAUUUCAAGAUGGAGACAGGUUUGUCGUGGUCACAUCAUUUGAAAUUAUCAACGAUGAUAAAACGAUCGACUAUGAGUUUUUAUACAAAAGAUAUACCCAGUUGAAACUAGUAUAUCCGGAAUUUACAAUAUUAGGAAUAUACUACAUGAGUGAAAGUAAUUCGUCAACCAUUGCCAUGUCUCAUGAAAUCCAAAGAUGUUGCAAAUCAUAUGACAUACCAGUGAAUUCGCAACAAAUUUAUGUAACUUACAAUAAGGAUGACAAAGAGCACCCAUUCAAGUCUUAUACUGCCAAUAAUUCCCAAGCUAUAGGAACCACAAUCAACACUAGUGAAACUGAAAACAUCACUGCGUCAACAAUUGAAAAACACAAGGUUUAUUUUGAGUCAAGUGGUAAACGUCAAAGAGAACCUAUAAAUAUAAAGAAACACAUGAAUGAGGUUGCAAAUGUAGUGGAAAACUUGCAAAAGCUUGAUAAUAAGAGUUCCCUCCUAGAACAGGGAAAAAGUGCUGCAGAUGUGAAGAAAAAUGAGUACGCAAAUUUAUUGAAGCUACAAACAACGCAAUUGGCGUUAUUGACAGAGCAGAAAGCGGUCUUGGAUAGCGCCCAAAGCAAUCUUGUGAAGUUUUGGCAGUUGACUUAG